AUGUUAUUUCAGAUGGAGGACAAAAACAAAGCAAAGAACACUUACCAUUUCAGAAUAAAUCUAAUGAGGUCCUCCAUAGCCUAUAGCCACUUAAUUAAUAAACUCUCGACAGAUUUACAUUUUGUAAGAAAUCAAACUGUGGUGGUUAAAUCUCAAGCUAAAGAGAAAAACAAAUAUUUCUAUGUGAAUAUGGUGGCAGCAAGUGGUGACGUACUCAGACGGAAUGACCUCUAUUUGAUUGGAUAUGAGGUCGAUCUAAAGAUGUAUGAGCUAAAACAAACCCACCAUCAAAUGGAACCCACAAUAGCCGGUGCCACAUUGGUUGAACUUACCAUGGAUUAUCAGGGUUUAACGAGGCACAGUAACGCCCACCUUGGAGGUUGCGAAUGCAUGGAAAAGUGUAUAACAACACUCAAAGCUGAGUUUUUUCGAAGAAGGCUUUAG